CGGGGGCCGCGAUUGUCUGCGCCUGCGCGAGGCGCCGCUCCCCCUCUCCCGCACGCCGACAGCGGGCGCCGGGCCUUUGUCUAAGGCUGUUCGCCUCCUAGGCGGCCGUGGCCGGGUUUUUUCCUGUCCAGCCGUGGGUCCCGGGCGGGCUUCUCCUUCGGAGUCCGCACCGCUGGUGGGGCUCCCAUUUACCGUCCUGCGGCUUCCUCCCCAGCCGGCGCCCCUCCGCAAACUGGGCACUGGAACCAGCGUAGGCUGCCAGGUCGCUGGCAGCCGGGUGGCGGAACUCGCCGAGGCUCCUCGGGGAAGAAGCUACACCCGCGGGAGCUGGAAGGGCCUCCAGACCCCGGGCCGUUGUUGUUCUGUACCAUUGCAAGGGGAGCUGUAAAAUGAGCUUUUCUAACGUGGGUUCCUGCCGAGUAUUUUUCCAGCCUCCCCCUCCCCCUGCCACACAGGAGAGCCUCUGUUUAGCCAGCGCUUGGCAGUCGGUAGGUAGGUUGUACUGUAGGGAGGAGUGCAAAAUCAUGAUGGUUGUCUCGGAGAAAGCGGUUGCAUCUUUGCAAAACUAUAUACCUGCUGUGAUUUGUGUUUUCUUUUCUACUGAAGUAAUGAAGUUGUAAGUUCACACUGGCACAUUCGCAGGGCUGUGCAGAUUCUUUGCACUUUAUUUCAUAGGUUCAGUGUAUCUUUGCCUGCCUACAUCAAUCUGCAAGGGAGUUGCAGAAAAGCCUCAUGUUCAUCGAGCCGUGAGUCACAACCAAUUUCUAAGCUGUUAUAACAAAAAAGUGUUUGCUUUUUUUCACAAGUAACUUUAAAAGUGUAGUUUAGAAAGAAAACAUUUUCAAUAAAAAGACACUACAUUAAUCCUGGAUGCUUGCAAAUCCUGAAAUAUAUUCCUCCUUUAGUAUUACACAAUUCUGUGUCAUAUACACAGCUUACCUUUAAAAUUUGUCACAUACCACUUUGCCUUUACUUUUAUGUAUCAUUCCCCCUGACUUCCUUACUGCAGGUGUGGGCAAGAAAACUUUUCCUUUAAAACUUUUCAACAGCGGGCAUAAAAUUCUGCAGCUGAGGUCUUGAAGAAUGCAGAUGGGUACAGUAUGUGUUGGAACUCACAGUGUGUAUUGACUAACCUAGUUCCUUUUUUGCUUUUUUUGGUAUUGUCUUGUUAAAAGUGACUCCCAGGUGCCAACUCUCUUUGUUAAGGGUGGGGCUGCAAGGGGGAUAGGAAGAAUAGGUCUAGAUUAUUUAAUAGUCAUCGGUAAAGUUAGAAAGCUUUCUUCAUGUAAUUUUUGGCAAAACACUGCCUAUCUAUGCAUCUCUCGAUACAAAAAGAUUAAUGAGUCGCUUUUGUUGGUGGAAAUUACCAGCUAUGUAAGUCAUAUGUGGUUAUUUGUGGCCCUCUGAUUGGCAUGGGUCUUUGGAACCUCACAAUGCCCACAUGUAGAUGUGGGGCUAAUGACCUUUGAGUGCUCAGCCUUUUACUUCUGACUUCCUGACGACUUUGGCACAAUGAUGGAGUCAGAUCUCAUUAAGUGUGAUUCUUCAUGAUAUACUUAGCCACAAAAGUGUAUUCCAUGCCAGUUGUAAAUAUCUUUAGGUCAGCAUUUCAUUGUAUUUGAUGGGGAGAACACAAAAAUGAUAGCCUGCAAAUCAUUCAGAUGAAUUGUUGUACUAGAUAAUCUUUUGUGGUUAACAUGAUAAUAUUGUCUUAUUUAAAACCACAAAUGAAUUUCAGGAGACGAAACCAGACAGAGGGUCAAGUUUACAGAUGACCGUGUCUGCAAGAGUCACCUUCUGGACUGCUGCCCUCAUGACAUCCUGGCUGGGACGCGCAUGGAUUUAGGAGAAUGUACCAAAAUCCACGACUUGGCCCUCCGAGCAGAUUAUGAGAUUGCAAGUAAAGAAAGAGACCUGUUUUUUGAAUUGGAUGCAAUGGAUCACUUGGAGUCCUUUAUUGCAGAAUGUGAUCGGAGAACCGAGCUUGCCAAGAAACGGCUGGCUGAAACACAGGAGGAGAUCAGUGCGGAAGUUUCUGCAAAGGCAGAAAAAGUACAUGAGUUGAACGAAGAAAUAGGAAAACUCCUUGCUAAAGCUGAGCAGCUAGGGGCUGAAGGAAAUGUGGAUGAAUCCCAGAAGAUUCUCAUGGAAGUGGAAAAAGUUCGUGCAAAGAAAAAGGAAGCAGAGGAAGAAUACAGAAAUUCCAUGCCUGCAUCCAGUUUUCAACAGCAAAAGCUGCGUGUCUGUGAGGUCUGUUCAGCCUACCUUGGUCUCCAUGACAACGACCGUCGUCUGGCAGACCACUUCGGGGGCAAGUUACACUUGGGGUUCAUUCAGAUCCGAGAGAAGCUUGAUCAGUUAAGGAAAACUGUGGCUGAAAAGCAGGAGAAGAGAAACCAGGAUCGCUUGAGGAGGAGAGAGGAGAGGGAGCGGGAGGAGCGGCUGACCAGGAGGUCUGGAUCAAGAACCAGAGAUCGCAGGAGGUCACGCUCCCGUGACCGGCGUCGGAGGCGGUCAAGGUCUACAUCCCGGGAGCGACGGAAGUCUUCCCGUUCCCGGUCCCGAGACAGACACCGGCGCCACCGCAGCCGUUCCCGGAGCCAUAGCCGGGGACACCGCCGGGCUUCCCGGGACCGGAGUGCAAAAUACAAGUUCUGCAGAGAGCGGGCAGCAAGAGAGGAGUCCUGGGAGUGUGGGCGGAGCGAGCGGGGGUCCACUGACUGGAGGCUCGAGAGCUCCAACGGGAAGGCGGCUUCACGGAAGUCAGAGGAGAAGGAGGCCGGCGAGAUCUGAACCCACACCUGGGCUUUGUAAAUAGUCUGACAAAUGUUCAACACAGCCUAAAAUUACCCUUUAUAUUUGCUGAAUACAACUCAUCUUUUGUAGUUUAAAAUUUCUAUUGUUUUGGAGCUAGCUGUGAGUUUCUAGAGUUGUACAGAGUUGCUCCUGUGUUUUGGGGUUGUGUUGAGUAGGAAUAAAUAAAUAUGACGGACUGCCUCCUGA